AUGGAAGAUGUUCACACUUACGUUGCUAAUUUUGCUCAGAGGCUUGACUGGGGCUAUUUCGGGAUCUUUGAUGGUCAUGCUGGUCGCCAGGUGGCCAGUUGGUGUGGUUCAAACAUGCAUACAAUACUAGAAAAGGCCAUAUUGAAGAACGACAACGUGGAUUUACGCCAGAACCUGAACAACGCGUUUUGCGAGUCGGACUCCUUGAUCUGUGAGAAUGUCACCGGCUCCAGUGGGUGUACGGCUGCUGUUGCUGUUUUGAGGUGGGAGGAAGAAGACGACACGGAGGUGUCUGGUGAGAAAAGGCCCAAGAUUCGUCGUUCUGCCACUCCGUUCGAUUUCCUGCCCAAGGCGAACCACAAAAGAAUGCUUUACACGGCUAACGUCGGCGAUGCUAGGCUUGUCUUGUCCAGAAACGGCAAAGCAGUGAGGCUUUCUUACGACCACAAGGGCUCCGAUCCUGUGGAAAGCUACAGAAUAAGCAAGGCUGGAGGAGUGGUGAUUAAGGGAAGGGUUAACGGAAUUCUGGCCGUGACCAGGUCAUUAGGUGAUAAGUACAUGAAGAACCUGGUGAUCGGAAACCCCUACACCACAGCCACGGAGAUCACAGAGGAGGAUGAGUUCCUCAUCAUAGCCUGUGACGGACUAUGGGAUGUGUGUUCUGACCAAAAAGCAGUUGACUUAGUUCGAAAGGUGAAAAAUCCGCAGACAGCUUCCAAGAUCUUGUGCAACUACGCCGUGGACAACGUGACCACUGACAACGUGACAGUUAUGGUGGUUAAGUUUGACGAGCGUGUGUUCGAUUAUAAAAAGAGUUCUGCGGUCUCGUCUGAUGUUGAGGCAAAAGAGUCCGAGACAAAAGAGGAGCCCACACUUGAGACGAAGGAGGGCCACGAAAACGCACACUAA